CGCAGCGCGCCGCGGCCUACCGGUCCCCGUCAAGGUUAAAUCUGGGCCGUCCAUUCGGACAAAUUUUUUUUUUUCCCCGAGCCCGCUAUUUAUCGUUCUCGAUCGGAGCUCUCUGGCUCCUCGCUUGAGCGGGAGGAGGAAUAAACGAAGAAGAAGAGAACUUAGAGGAAAACCCUAGCCCUCUCUCUCUCUUCUUGAUUUCGGUUUCCAGGGCCUGUGGACAAAAGUGCUGCUUUGUUUCUUUUUUUUUUUUUUGAAAUAUGGCGGUAGCUCUCCAGUGUGGAGCUCGAGCUUAUUGUUCUGGAGUUAUGAGGGAUUCGUGGAGCUCGUUUGCUUCCUUGUCGAGCUUUCGGAGUAGGCGUGGGUUGGAGUCGUCUGUGAGGUUGGUUUGUGGAAAGAGGGAGAGGAGCGGCGGGUGGAGGGGAGGCUUGAAGAUGCGUUGCCAGAGAGGAGCGUCUGCUAUUGUGGAGAAGGAUGGGUUGGUGAGGGAGGGUGCUGAUGGAAAUGCUGCGCAGCUGAGCAUCGUGAUGAAGUUUGGAGGGUCGUCGGUGGCGUCGGCUGACAGGAUGAGGGAGGUUGCGAACCUCAUUCUUCGCUUUCCCGAAGAAAGGCCUGUGAUUGUUCUAUCUGCAAUGGGGAAGACAACGAACAACCUUCUGCUGGCUGGGGAAAAAGCGGUCUGCUGUGGAGUAUCUAAUGUGUCUGACCUUGAAGAGUUGAGCUUUAUAAAAGAGUUGCAUCUUAAGACAAUUAAUGAGCUUGGAAUUGAAAGCUCUAUCAUUUCGGGUCUGUUGGAUGAACUGGAGCAACUUUUGAAAGGCAUUGCCAUGAUGAAAGAACUGACACCUCGUACAAGGGACUAUCUGGUUUCAUUUGGAGAAUGCAUGUCUACAAGGAUUUUUGCAGCAUAUUUGAACAAAAUGGGCACUAAAGCACGUCAGUAUGAUGCAUUUGAUAUUGGUAUUAUAACCACAGAUGACUUUACAAAUGCCGAUAUCUUGGAGGCAACUUAUCCCGCCGUUGCAAAGAGAUUACAUGGAGAUUGGAUUGAUGAUCCUGCAAUUCCAAUUGUUACUGGCUUUCUUGGAAAGGGUUGGAAAUCCUGUGCUGUCACUACGUUAGGCAGGGGUGGUAGUGACUUGACAGCUACCAUCAUUGGUAAAGCCUUGGGAUUACGAGAAGUUCAGGUUUGGAAGGAUGUUGAUGGAGUUUUGACAUGUGAUCCUAAUAUAUAUCCAAAUGCGAAGCCUGUACCACAUUUAACAUUUGAAGAGGCUGCUGAACUUGCCUAUUUUGGCGCACAGGUUUUGCAUCCCCAAUCAAUGCGACCUGCUAGAGAAAGUGAUAUACCAGUUAGGGUCAAGAAUUCAUACAACCCUCAAGCUCCUGGUACUGUCAUCACUAAAGCAAGAGAUAUGAGCAAGGCUAUACUUACCAGCAUAGUUUUGAAAUCCAAUAUCACAAUGUUGGACAUAGCGAGCACUCGAAUGCUUGGCCAAUAUGGUUUUCUAGCAAAGGUUUUUUCUAUAUUCGAAGACUUGGGUAUCUCUGUUGAUUGUGUGGCUACAAGUGAAGUCAGUAUUUCUUUGACAUUGGAUCCAUCGAAACUUUGGAACAGAGAACUAGUCCAGCAGGAAAGUGAGCUGGAUCAUUUGGUCGAAGAGCUUGAGAAGAUUGCUGUUGUUCAUCUCCUUCAGCACAGAUCAAUAAUUUCCCUCAUUGGAAAUGUGCAACGGUCCUCUUUGAUACUAGAAAAGGCAUUUAACAUACUACGGAAAAAUAAAGUCAAUGUCCAGAUGAUCUCUCAGGGGGCAUCUAAGGUGAACAUUUCCUUGGUAGUUCAUGACAGUGAAGCGAAGCAGUGCAUUAGAGCUCUACAUUCAGCAUUCUUCAAGGAUGGUUUCCUGUCGUCGAUGGGGGAGACCAAUCUUUUCCAGAAUGAUUCUGCAGCUCUGCCGUCAUCAUGCUGAGGGUGUCCAAACCUUUUAUCACCUGAUAGAUUACAUACAUACCACUGCCUUGCUUCUCUAUAUAGUUGGGACGUGUAAGGAUUAGAUUAUUCCUUGUACCACCCCUGGAAAUUCUCCAACCUUGCUAAACCAUGAUUUGGUGGGAGAAAUGCUGGGUUUCGUGUUUAGCAGCAGGGAAUAACUAUUUUUUAUUAGUUAAAUCAAGAGGCAUGAUUUGUUUUUACCUCUUA